AUGGAACAUACUCCCAAAACGGUGGUUGUGGAGGGAGAGCGACGCCGGCGGAGACCUGCAAUAUCAUGCGCGUUGUGUAGGAAACGCAAACUUCGCUGUAAUCGCCAGCGGCCUUGCAGCAACUGUAUCCGGGCCAAGGCCGAGACAUGCGUCUACGAGAGCCACAGCCCGGGACCUCUCGCGUCUGUGCAGAACCCAGUUGGCGUCUUCUUUCUCGAUGCUGAGGCUCCAAGAUCAGCUCCGGCUCCGGCUACAUCUCAAUCUGUCUCCAAUUCCAGUCCUAACGAAUCAUCGCUGAGCGCAAGAAAUCACACGUCUAAUUUAGCAGCUAAGAAUCUAACAAGUCCCUUGACACCGCGAAGUCAGGAUGAAUCAAUCACCAACCGAAGCGUCCUCGAAGCUGGCAAAGUCUGGUCUUCCAUUCACAAUUACUGUUCAACUGAGCCAAGGUCUCUACCACAGCAGCAACAGCCACCGGCGCAGCGAACGCAGUCUCCUUAUGCCUCCCCUGAAACCGAUUUCCUCAAUCAAGCGCGCCACAUCACUGGAGGUGCUAUCCACUUCCAUCGCGACCAUCACUUGCCAAAUUCAACUGAGCCAGCUCUAAUACGAAGCGUUACACACAAGACGCGGUUCUUUGGCCAAAGCCAUUGGAUCAAUGUCUUUCAAGUAUUCAAAAACAUGUUUGUCCUCAACGACGUACAUCUUCUGGAAGAAAAAUCCAACACCUAUCCACUCCUUCUCAAAUGCAAAUCUCUGGCAAAAGUCAUCAAAGCCAAAAGGAACCCUUCUUGGCCGACAAUUCCGACAAGAGAGCUGCCGGAAAGACAGAUUUGCGACAAGCUCAUAGACUGCUACUUGAAGACAUCGGAGAACAUUCACAGGAUUCUACACUUACCGUCCUUCAAGAACGACUACGAAGAACUAUGGGAGCCCGGUGCAUUUCCUGAUAUAGCCUUUGUCGUCCAUCUCAAGCUGGUACUGGCUCUUGGUUCAGUCUGCUACGAUGAAGAAUUCUCCUUACGAGCUUCAGCCAUACGCUGGGUAUACGAGGCGCAAACGUGGAUAUCAGAGCCCGAAUUCAAGGCGCGAUUAGGCAUUCAGUUCAUACAGACUCACAUACUGCUUCUCCUAGCUCGAGAAGCCGUCGGCGUCGCUGGCGAUUCAGUCUGGGUGUCUGCGGGCGAUUUGGUGCGGAGAGCCAUGCACAUGGGCCUCCAUCGAGAUCCGCACCACCUGCCAAAGCGAUCUCUCUAUGCAACCCAGAUGCACAGGCGAUUGUGGAAUACAAUUCUGGAGAUUCUUUUGAAAAUGAGUCUGUCGUCGGGCGGCCCGCCGCUCAUCUCGCCCGACGACUUUGACACGGAGCCCCCCGGCAACUUUGACGAUGACCAGCUCAUGACGGAGAGCUCAGUCGAGAAACCCGAGGCCGAGUACACCAGCAUGUCAAUCGCGCUGGCGCUUCGGAAGACGCUGCUCGCUCGUCUUGCGGUGACGAGCUUCUUGAACGACCUCACUUCGUGCGGGACGUUUGAGAGGACCAUGGAACUCGACGCCGAAUUACGAUCGGCUUAUAAGAUUCUGGUCCACACUCUCCGUGGAUUCAAAUCCAGACAAUCAACGGGCGAGGCAUCGUUUGGCCCUUCAGAUCUGGACUUGAGAUUCGUCGACUUCCUCAUGCAACGACACAUAUCCGCCCUCCACACGCCAUACUUCAUCCCGGCCCUCCGGCAGACGAAAUACGCCCUAUCGCGCAAGCUCGCCAUCGAAGCCACCCUCAAGAUCUGGGCCGCAGCCUUUCCUUCCUCAGCCAUUAUGUCCCAUCGCCACAGUCAGGGCUCCUCUCCUUCAUCCCCUCUUUCUUCCGGCCUUGGCAAUGAAGACCUCCUCACGCGCCUCUCCUACAGCGCUCCAGGCUUCUACAGAAUCGCCUCCAUGCAAGCCAGCCUACUCAUCACCGCCGAGCUCGACACCCAGCUCCGCGAAGAGCAAGGGCUCGUGCCAGGACCUCUUCGGUCGGACUUCUUCUCCGUUAUCCGGGAGUCCCAGGACUGCAGCCUGCGCUGCAUUAAGAGCGGCGAGACCAACGUCAAGGGCUACCUGGUCUCCUGCGUCAUUACCUCUCACAUGGAAGCCCUCAUGCGCGGCGUCGAUCCAUCUGAUAUUCCGCCCUUGUUUCGAAAAGCUUCUGAAGAGGGAAUGGAGCUUUGCGUGCGGAUUUUGGAGGAGCGAGCUGGGCAGAGUCAGGAUGUGGGAGCUGUGGAUGUCGACGAGGACAUGGGUAUAGGGAUGCGGCAGCAGAGCCCAGACUGGGAUUUUUUGAUUUCAGACGCCAUGUUUGCAUACAACACCGGGUUGAAUGAGCCCAUGAAUUGGUUCCUGAGCGAGGGCACUCGCUGA